AUGAGUAAACAUAGUAGGCAUUCUGAUGAAUCCGUAGAAGAAGCUGUCUUCAAGUAUAUUGGGAGUGAUGAUGUUGACAAAAAUAAGAAGAAGAAGAAGAAAUCAAAGACUAAGAAACAUUCAGAAGGUGGGGAAUCAAUGAAUUGGUUUAUGGAACAUAACGAGAUAGAUGGGUCACAACAGUUCCAAGAAUCAGAGAGUCGUGAACCUGAUUCAGUAGCUAUGGCGGCUGUUGCUGCAGCUUAUGCAAAUUCUGACAUCAAGACAGAAAAGAGAUCUCAUGAUGAGAGUGUUGCUGAGGGAUCCCGAGAAGAACAGCAUAUUAAAAAGAAACAUAAAUCAAAGGACAAGAGGUCUAAGAAAAAGAAAUCUAAGGAUAAAAGUAAGAAGGAAAAAUUGCAAUUGGCAGUAGAUCCUGAAUUGGCUACACUGGAUAACUCACAUAUUCAUGAUGAUGGAAAUAUGGAUUCAGAUUCUCAUAUUCAAAAUACUGACUUCCAGCAAUAUUUAAACACGGAUGGUGAACUGGUGAAACAUACUGAAAAAUCUGAAGCGGAAGAAGAUGAGGAAGAAGAAGAUGAUGAAGAAGAAGAGUCUUCUGAUAAUGAAUCAAACAAAGAAGAGGAUGAAGGAAUAGAAUCUCCUGCAGUAACUCAGGUAGAACAGAACAAACAAUAUUCUGAAUUGCAAAGAACUGAUAAUGAUGCAUCAGCUAUCACAGAUCAAUCUUCUGCUGAGAAUAAACUAGAUUCCAGGGCUAUGGAGGCACGUAAUAACGAAUUAAUUGCCUCGGCAGCUACAAAGGCAUCAAAGAGUGUUCCAUCUAAUAUAACAGGAGGGAAAGUCUUUGAUGAGAAUGAAGAAGCUGCUUUAGACCAGUUCAUUGAACAAUAUAGACAAAUUAAAAACUUCACAUUACAGCAAACCAAAGAGAGAAUAUGGGCGACAGGUCGUAAGAGAGAUGAUUUUUGGGUGAAUAUCUGUAAAAUACUGCCUUACAGGUCAAGAUCUUCCAUUUACAAGCAUGUUCGUAGAAGGUACCACAUAUUCGAACAAAGAGGUAAAUGGACUCCUGAAGAGGAUGAAGCUUUGGCAAAAUUAUGUAUUCAAAAGGAAGGUCAAUGGGCUGAUGUAGGUAGAGCAUUGGGAAGAAUGCCUGAAGAUUGUAGAGAUCGUUGGAGAAACUAUAUUAAAUGUGGUUCCAAUAGAACUGCUAACAGGUGGUCUGCAGAAGAAGAAAUCCAAUUGAAAAAAGUCAUUGCAGAGAUGUUAGAGGAGGCUCAGGAAUUUCAAGUAAAACGUGAAAGAGGUGAGAUUGAUUCGGAUACUGCUGAUAUACCAUUGAAAGGAAGAGGUGCUCAAGGCAGGAAAUUACCAAAUAAACCUAGCUUUAGAGAUAUCAUUAACUGGACUGUUGUUAGUGAACGUAUGGGGGGUACAAGAUCUCGUAUACAAUGCCGUUAUAAAUGGACAAAACUAGUGAGGAAACAGGCACAAACAAAUAUUCAGAAUAUGUCUGUGGAAGACAAAAGGUGGAUUCUUGAAAAAUUAAGAGACCUUGGGUUCACAGAGGACUCUCAGGUGGAUUGGGAUGAGUUAGCUACCAUAAAACCUGAUUCGAAAUGGAAUGGGUUGGAAUUGAAAUUGUGUUAUGAGAAAAUGAGAAGUCUUAUUAAACAACACAAAGAGAAAAAAGUAAACGAAAUAGCGACUGAACUAAUAAAGAUAUUGGACAACUCAUUAUUCUAG